AUGAAGUUCGCCGUGUUCGCUACGCUACUCGCGGUCGCGUGUGCCGUGAUGGCCACCGACGAUAUCGACUGGUCGAAGGUACGGCCGGUGUCACGCAUGCCACAAUUCUAUCGCCGUUUGCCGAAGGAGCUGCUGAAGCAGUACCUUGCCGAGGUGCGCGCCAUGCCGAAAGGCACCCGCGAAAACUCGCGCAUCGUCAACGGAUACAUUGCCGCGCCCGGCCAGUUCCCGUAUCAGAUUGCACUGCUGAGCAACAUGGAAGGUGGUCAGGGUCUGUGCGGUGGCUCCGUGCUGACCACCAACUACGUGCUGACGGCUGCUCAUUGUGUCGAUGUCGCUACCGGUGGUCUCGUCAUCUACGGUGCCGAGGAUCGCACGAAUCCGGCUGAACCGUCUCAGGUGCGCAUUGCCUUCGAACACUCCGGUAUCCGGCUGCACCCGAACUGGAACCCCAGCCUGAUCCGCUACGAUAUUGCCACCGUACGGGUCGUCUCGCCCGUUACCUUCACCGCCCGCAUCCAACCGGUCACGCUGCCCCGACUCAGUGAUGUUGGCAACGAUUUCGCUGGCCUCAUCGGUACGGUGUCCGGUUUCGGUCGCUUCUCGGACUCCAUCGCCCAAGCAUCGAACAUCCUGCGCUACGUCAACAACCCGAUCCAGACCAAUCUGGCUUGCUCUGUGCGCUUCCCCGGUGUCAUUCAGCCCGAGAACAUUUGCCUUUCCGGCGAUGCCGGUCGCGGUGCCUGCCAGGGUGAUUCCGGUGGCCCACUGACGAUCCAGCGCGAUGGCACCACCGUCCAGCUCGGUGUCGUCUCGUUCGGUCUCGCUCUUGGCUGCGAACUCAACUGGCCAUCCGUCUUCGCUCGUACCACUUCCUUCCUCCAAUGGAUCGCACAAAACUCCGAUGUGGUGCUACAGCCGUAA